AAUUCUGCGCAACUGAAAUCGUGAAUCAACACAGAAGCUAGCUUGAUGAAUCACUAAGAAUAUAAUGUGAAUUUCUUAUUGGGCGUUGUUGAAAUGCAGGUUUGAAAUAAUUAAAUUAACCUGUUAUUAUUGUUUAAAUCAAUGCAAAUAUGAAAAUGCCAAUAUGAACUUAGACUUUUCGCUUUCGCCAUUAUCAUGUUAAUAGAUCGGGAUGUUAUGACUGGAGCCUGAAAGUGUGUCAGGGCCUCGAUUUGGUCUAGACAACCUUGCCGUGAAAGUAUGGAACUAGACGUAACUGUAAGGCACAGUAAGGAUUAGGACUCGAAUUAGGUCGCGUAUUGUUCUGGUAGUAGUAUUAACACCGAAACCCAGACCCGUUGCAAUUACAUACAGUACAUACUCAGGCUGGUCUUGUCAUUAUUGUGAUAUUGUAGCAUCACUCUACUCUGAACACUAAAACAUUGGCUUUCUGUAUUUUACUUAUUUAGUUUAGUAGGCCUAAUUUAUUUUAUUUCCUGGCCUGCCUGCCCUAUUGGCUAAACUAAAUAGUCUGAAUUUCAUUUUAGUUUUAGAUUUCACUCAAAACUCUUUCCCAGUAUUUGUCAUUUGUAGAAGUACAAGUAGUAAAUUAGACCUCUAACUCUAAUUACAUAGCAAUGUUCUGUGUUCUGGAAUACUACCUCUGCUUAAAUGACUUAAUCAUAAUCAGCUUUACCACCUUCCUCUACCUAGUUAUAGUUACUUAGUUAGGCAAUACUAAACAAGUAUUGGUAUUUAGUUUAAUAGCCUAAUUAAUGUACGGUAAAAGUGAAGUAAGUGGCAUGGGUUUCGCCAAGAGUUGUCUCACCCUAUGCGCAGUGACAUCACUUAAGGGCAGGGGUGGCCAACCUUUUCAGCAGGCGGGCCAAAUGUCAAAAAUAAUAUUUCCUGCUGGGCCAUGCACCUAAUUUUUUUGUUAAUUAAAGUAAACAAGCAAGCGUGUUACAGUUUCAGCUUCGGCCACAUCAUUGUUUCUCAGUAGAUGAUCGUGGUCAAAUGCUUGCGUGGUUUAAUGUAAAAAAAAACAACAAAAAACCCCAAAUAUAUAGAUUUAUUUUUUAAAGAAAAUAAGACAUAACUGAGAAUCAAAAAUAUUUAUUAGACAAUUUAAAAAUAUUUAUAAGUGAGACAUCUGAUUUUGCUUUGCAAAACUAAGUGCAUAAAAAUUGAUCUUGACUGAUGUUGUCGCUACACGCAAACAGUUUUCCAAAUGAACAUCAGUAAUGCAUGUUCUCACUUGUGAUUUGAUAUGCUCCAUAUGACUAAAAAGCUCUUAACAUGCACAAGUGUUUCCAAAUAGCGAAACCAUCGACAGAGCAUGUUGUAAAACGCAGGAUAUUUAUCCUUGUCCAAGCAUGUUUUAUAGAACUUUUCCAGACCAACUUGAUGGAAUUUCUCCUUUAAAUGUGUAUCACUGUGAUACACAUUUAAACAAUGUUCCAUUUGUAAUCUUCCUGGUAAUAAAUGCACGCCUACCGCAUAUGGCCUUGUAAAUCCUCCAAAAAGCACAUGUUUUUAAAAUCCUAAAAUUGGUUUUCAGUUGAAAUGAGAUAUCAAAGAAGCGUUUUUAUGAAUUUAUGUUCGACUUCCCUAAAAAUGGACCAUUUCAUGAAAGAGGUCAUCUAGUAACUGCAAACAUAGGUUCUAAAGUGGGUUACUGUUAGAACCACAACCGCUAGAUGUCAUAUUGAAUUAAAAGUGGAAAUAAAAUUAUGAACAUUUAGUAAUAUUUCGCAACGCCCCUGUGAGCAAGCCGCAGCAGCCCAUAUAGAAAAAUAUGGUGGGGGGGGGGCGGUCGGUAACAAAAAUAAUUACCCGUGCAACAAGGGAAAGUUUGGGGGGGGGGAAUUAUUUUCCUGUAUGUAGUACCAUAGAGAUGGCCCCUCGCGUUUGUUUGCAUCGACGCUGUAUGACAUAAUUUUGUGACAAGUAUUUUUUACAGUUGAGCAGCGAUGAGUGCGAAAACAGAGAAAACUAGAGAAUGCAUUCUUAACUGUUCUGCAUAGCAACAUUAUAUUUCGGCAUACUUAAUAGGAUCAGAGAGGGCCUUUGAAAAAAUAUUUUUAGGGGCUUUUAAAAAAAAUUUUUUAAGACCCAAAAAACACCUUUUUUUUUUUUAUCCCCCCCCCCCCCCCCCUUUCUUUCUCCUCAUUUACAGAUUAUGGCUGUAAUAUCAUCUACUUUUAGAAUUUACCUUUUUUUAACAUCAGCUUAACUUGAUCCAACCAGACAUAUGAUGCGAGUAGGCCUAGUUAUUGUAUAUUGUAAAAUUUAUGCAUUAUAUGUAUUGUAUGUUUAUUUAUAAACUAUUAAGAUAUUGUAUUGUACGAUUUUGAGACUAAAUUGUACGAUUUUAAUUUAGGUCUGCUAUAGUGGGUAAACUAGUAUAUAAUAUAGGACUUGCCAAGUCUGUAGGGGGCUAACACAGUGGCUUUCAACUUUCUUUUUUUAACCUUAAUGAAUAAAAAAACAAAUUACUGAAAUUGUGUGACAUUCCAUGUAAGUAACAAGCUAAUUAUUAAAUGGAUUAGUAGAUGGUAGGCCUACCAUCUUACUUUGAAGAAUUAUUGUCCAACUAAUACAUAAGCACAAAUGAAGUAAUUAAUACCUCUGCUUUUCUAGGGCCAUAUGUAAUAUGCAUGAUUGUGUAGUUGUAUACAUAAUAUGAUCUUGUGAUAGCAUGUUUAAUUGUGUAGUAGAUGUAUUUACAUACAGAUUUUGACUGCUGAUGAAAAAACUGCUAAACUGUGCUUUUGUCAUUGAAAAACGCAUAAUAAUAACAAAUGUUCACCGUUGAUCUCAACCUUUAGCAUUUUACCAUUCUGAUCAAGAUUAUUGGCAUCCCAGAUAUACACUGGAAAAAAAGGAAACCCUUCGAAUAAUAAUAUAAAAUUAGUAAAUAAAUAUUCAUCAAUUUUAAACUUACAACUCAUUUCAGUCCUGACAUACUUAUAAAAAAUAUUGAACAGUCUCUGAUAAAAUUUCAUUUUAUUCUGUUAUGUUAGAAUGAGUUUUGGAAUUUAAAAAAUUGAUUUUACCAUCACUUAUCUCAGCGGUUCUCAACCUGUGGGUCGCGACCCCUUUGGGGGUUGCACGACCCUUUCCAAGGGGUCGCCGAAGACCAUCUGAAAACACAUAUGCUCUACAGCAAUCUAGUAGCAACGAAAAUUAUUUUGUGGCCGGGGGUCCCCACAACAUGAGGAACUAUAUUAAAGGGUCGCGGCAUUAGGAAGGUUGAGAACCACUGACUUAUCUAGACACAGGCAUAAUCAACUCUAUCACCAUAAAAAAAUAUAUACUUAAAAAGAACGUUUUUUUUUUAAUCUUCAACACUUUUACAUACAGAGGAACCCUGAUCCAAUACUAUUUUUGGCUUUUCCGCUGUCAGUCUACUCUCAAAAUUUUGAAGAUUCAUUCACCCAUGAAAUUAUUUUUUUCAAAGUAUGUGGGGAGGAAAAGGUAAAUAGAAUUCCACUAAAUCUAGUACAAAUUCAACACAUCACAGCACAAGGGAUUAAAAUAUAUGUUAAUUAGAAAAUGAAAACAUCUUCCUACUUUAAAAGUAUCCCAGUACCCACUAAAUGAUGGAAGCUCCUCAUUAAUGUGUUCUAAUUAUUAUUAAGAUAUGACUUUGGGAUGGGUGCUACAACUGUUUUAAAUAAUGAUACCAUAGAACUUGAACAUCACAAAGGUGUAGCUACUACCCAUUUAAAUGUUAAGUUAAAUAACAUUUACAGUUCCUUAGCAACUUUUGUUAUUUUCACUUCAAAUGAUAAAAAUAUUUUAAAAAAUUAUUUUAGAAUUGUAAAAAUCUACAACUGUAAAUGUUUUCAAGAAUCCCUAAUUGUCUCAGUUUUAACCUUUACUUUUGUUGAUUUGCCUCAAUGCAAUGUCACAAGAUAACACAAAACUACUUGUGCUAUUUUUACUCCCAAGGUCAAGUGUUUCUUAUUUUCCCUCUUUUAACAUUUCAGAUAUUAUGAUUGUUGCUCAGAACAAGACAAUUUAUGUAUCCUGGAAACUCUUGCUUACAAAUGAUUUUGUCUUCAAAGAGUGAAAUCAAGACAUCCUUUUCAGUCAACUUACUGACAGAUUUUACAGCUGGAUAUUUCCCCUCUUAUGUUAAAUUCUCAAGCACAAUUUCGACUUUUAACAAUGUGUGUGACUUGUUAAUUUUGUUUUACUGAGCAUGAUGUCAAAGAAACCAAAUAAAUCUCGAGAGAAUUCGGCUGCCGCUGAGCGGUUGGCUGAUUGGAAAGGAGCUGAGAGUUACAUGGGUCAGGGACCCCUUUCUAUAGCAGACUCUGAUUCUCCGGAGUAUGAUACACGAGGAGCCUUUGGGCAGGAUCUGGAUGACGAUUUGGAAGGUGCAGCAGAAACAAUGUCUUUAAAAGAUGGAGACAGGGAUAAGGUACUUGGAAUAUUUAAUAAUUUUUUUUUAAAAUUUGAUUGAGCUAGCAAAAAAAAUUUAAUUAAAUACUCUUAGUUUCUGUUAAGCUUUAAAUUUUUUAGCAUACAUUGCAAUAAUUUAAUUCCUGGUUUCUAUUUAGAUAUUUCUCUUGUGAAAUUUAUUAAAUAACUUGUUCUUUAAUGUAUGCAAUCUGCAGGACAAGAAGAGCAGUAAUGCGUCUCUGGCAAUUGAUACAAUUGCAGGAGGAAAAAAGUAUGUGUCUGUCAGCUUGCCAGGGCAUAGUAAAGCAAAGCCUUGUGUCCAAGGGAGACCAUCAGUAAAGGCAGAUUUGGUAAGUACUUUUAGAAACAAUUGAAAAUAAUGAUUUACGCCCUUCUUGUUUUAUUUUGUUAAAACUGAGAAUACUAUAAAAUUUAAUUAAAAAUGAGGAAAAUAAUGGAUUACACAUAACUUAACUAAAAUUGUUACUUGGGAAAAUAUAUGGCACACUUAAAUGGCAGAAAGAGGAGAAGUUUCUGACAAAUAAUGGCAUAUAUUGCAAUGUAUAUAAAUUAAAUUUUUGUUUAAUAAAUUUAAUGUAUGAUGUUUGUUUUAUUCAACUUUUUAACAAGAUAUUUAAAAAUUAUAGCAGGGCAGGUGUGCAUCGGUACACCAAUUAGGCCAAUAAGUUUAUUUGGAAAUCACAAUCUGUGCUUUUAUGUCUAUUUAUUAAACAAUGCCUCUUAACUUAAACUAUGUCCCUCCCUUGUAAUGUACAUGAAGCUUGCAUAUACUUGGUAAUUGUCCAGUUAUAUUUUUUUUAUUGGGCUAUUUUUUUGCUGUAGUAGCAGGGUAGGGGGAGACAAUAAUCCCCAGAAAUCUUACUGGUGGUGCUAAGCAUUGUCAGCAUUUGCAAGGUAUCUUAAAAGUGGUAGAUAGAAGGUGCUUUCAUUUUAUCAUUCCUCAUUAACCAGCUGUUAAGCAAAAUAGACUCUUCAGCCUCAGGAAAUGGCAGCUUGUAAUUUUUUUAGAUGAAAAUCUAUAUGGUUACAGCUAGGAGCUUACACGGAACCACUCAAACUUAGGGUGAAAGUACUUGCCUUUUUUUAAUGGUCUUAAAUUAAUGUAAAGUUUUUAAACUUGGUUUGUUUAAAGAAAAUAAAUAUUCUAGUCUAGUAUUUUAUCUAAAAGUCAUUUAAACUGUGUGUUGUGUUUAAAAAAAAAUAAAUAAAUUCACAUCUCUUGUUUUUUCCUUGAACAUAGGUUACAUUAAGCCCUUAAAAUAUAUCUCUUAGAAAAAAGAUGUUCUGCCUAAUAAAUAAUUGUAACAAAAAAAACUAACCAGUUUCUUGUUUAUAGUUAUGAAACUGUUCAAUUUGAAGAAAAGAAAUUCUUGUCUUUGGUUGGCAUACAUUGAAAAUGUCAUAAUAGUAGGCAUUGCUUUGAUGUUGAUGUAUACAGUAUAAAAUCUUUUUAUAAAUGUUUUUAAGUGAUGGCAUUUAUAUUUAAUCAGGAUGUUACCAAAGAGUUAAAAAAGUGCAAAGAAGAAAAUGCUUCAAGAUUAGAUCUCAGCAAGUCCCAGGCAAGUGCAAUUUUUAAAAGUAUGUACAUUCUGAAAAUAAAUAUACUACAAUCUAAAGAAGUGUUAAUAAAAUUCAGAUAGAGUUGAAGCAUACAUUUUUUUUGUAAGAUAAGUAGCCAGAACAAUAAUUAAAUGUAGCAUAAAUGUGUGUUUCAACACAAUAUAGUUGAAUUUAAACCGUUCCAAUUAAGAAGCAUUUGAAAAUUUAGCCUUAAUGCAGUGGUCAGCUGCAGUCAUUGGUAAAACUUAGAAAUAGUCAUUAAAAUUUAACCACCAGAAACCUUAUCUUGAACUUGAAAGCAAUGGCAUUUAAAGGAAAAUAAAACUUGGAAUACUUAGUUUGGUGUGGUUGUGUUUAAAAUGAACUUAUUGUUUGUGUUUUGUCUCUAGUAUGUUUACAAGAUAUCAAACGUUUUAAUUUUCAAUAAAAAAAAUUCGGCCCUGUAUAUAAUUGUUCAAAUUUUAAUUAUUGUUUUUCUUGAAUUGACAUAUGCCUGUCUGAUAUCUGCAUUUUAUCCUAAUCAUUUUUUUGUGUGGGUAUUCUUCAGAUUUCUUCAUUGCCAAACAGCAUAAAGGACUUAACACAAUUAACUGAGGUAUAUCUUUAUAGUAAUAGACUGACACAGUUACCACCAGAAAUGGGAUCACUCACCGGGCUACAGACUUUGGCUUUGAGUGAAAACUCAAUAUCUAGUUUACCUGAAUCAUUUGCAUCUUUUACCAAACUAAGAGUUCUGGAUCUCAGGCAUAAUAAACUACAAGAGGUACGCUAUUAUGUAGUAUUAAGGAUUUUAUCCAUAAAUUUUAAUUCUUUUACAAAAGCGGUGGAGCAAAGUUUCAAAGGAGUAAGUAAUAAGUAUUUUCCUGUUAAUUUUACACAUCACAUAAAGCUAGCUUGUCUUUUGAAAUGAUUACUCCAUUUUCUUCCAUUGCUUACCAGAUUCCAAAGGUUGUGUACCAGCUCCGUUCUUUGACAACGUUAUUCCUUAGAUUUAACAGAAUACGAGUAGUUGAUGAGGAGAUAAGUAAUUUAACAGUAAGUAUGUUAUAUUGAGUUUCUGAUUUUUGUUAGAUAUCUCAGUAAAUUGAAAAAGGUAUGAUAUAUGUAAUUUAUAUUCUUGUUUUAUUAUUAGGAGUAAAAAAAAUCUAAAUUCUUUCCUUCAUGAAGCUACUUUUAUUCCUAUUUUUUGUUGGUUGUAAAUUUGUUUCUAAACCUAUUUGAAACCAGUAACUAAUACAUUCAUAAAAAAAUAAUUUUUGCUCAUUCAGAAUUUAACCAGGUGUAGUUUACGGGACAACAAAAUUAAAGAACUGCCCAAUGGAAUAGGAAAAUUAGAAAAACUUGUGAUCUUUGAUAUUUCGCAUAAUCACUUGGAGCACUUGCCAGAAGGUAGUCACUUGCUAAACACAUAUCAUUAAUUAGUUUAGAUGUAACUCAAGAUUACAAAUAAAGUAUCUUGGUAAGCUUUAAAUUUCUUUAAGUAAUUUUAACAAAUCUAAAUUAUUCAAAUCUGUCCUUUUGAGGAAAAUAAAUGUAGAUUUAAAACUAAAGGUACUCAAUACUGUUGAAUAGAACAAGCCUUAUUGUUAACAGGAUGUUUUUAAUACAAGUUUAAGAUGCAGACUUUUGUAAUGAAGCUUUCUAUUAAUUUUUAAAUUUUAUAAUUCACUUUCUAAAGAUAUUGGAAAAUGUGUAAUGCUGAAUUCGCUUGACUUACAACAUAAUGAACUCCUAGACAUCCCUGAAUCUAUUGGUAACCUCAAAGAGCUCAAUCGUCUUGGGCUCAGGUGAGUCAGUGUUUUGACAGUGUAUAAUUAUUUCAUUAUCAUCCUAUGGGGGUUACAUUAUAUAGUUUAAGACUUUGUAAAUAGUUUAAAUAUUUUUUGUAUGGCGUAAUAAAUAUGCAGAUGAUACAUUAAAACAAUUUACCAGCCUCCAUUUGUGUAAGGGGCAUUUAGUUAAGUAUUAGAUGGAUAAGUGGUGAGGAGGAAAACCCUUGGUUUUAUAGUUGAUUAAUAAUAGGAAUCUAAUUUUUAAGGUGUCUUUAUUUCAGGUACAACCGAUUGAAUGUGAUUCCAAGCACUUUGGCUUACUGUAUAAACAUGGAGGAGUUUAAUGUGGAGGGGAACAACAUAUCUUCUUUACCAGUUAGUAAAUUAUUUACUUUUUUGAAUAAUGAUAUUUAGACUUGAAUUUUCCCAGCAUUUUGGCUAACUAUUUCAUACUUAUAAGUACAUACACAGCAUUGUUUGUAAUAACUAAAUGUUUAUGAUAUAAUAUUUUUUCAACUACAGGAGGGGCUUUUAUCCAGCUUAACUAACCUAACUAGUAUCACAUUAUCUAGAAACAAGUUUGAAAAGUAUCCGACUGGAGGUCCAUCACAAUUUUGUUCUGUUUAUGUAAGUCAUUUUUGCUUUAUAUCCAAAAGUUUAUUAAAAGGAAAAUUAUUUUAAAAUUAUUUAAAUUUAACCCAUUUAAUACGUUUCGCCGCAGUGUGCGUCACUGCGAUUUCGGUAGAGUACGUUUAGCCACUCUCUGCGUCACCACUGGUUUGUUUCAUUUUAUUAGUAUUCCAACUUUGCCAUUCAAGUAUUUUAUUAUAUAGCUUAUCAAACUUUUAUUCAGAAGAGUUCCACUUCCUUUAUGUUGAAUUUCAAACCGAUUAACCCACGUUUUGUGUAUUUUGUGCUAGUUUUUUUCAUUUAAAAAUUUGUAAACAAAAGACAGCUGAUAUAAAAUGGCUGCAUCGAAUAACAAUGCUAGUUCUAGUCGAUCAGGACUUCGAUCUAUGACUGCCGAUGAGGCAAGUAAAUUGAUUUGCUUGGAUGAUUCAAGUUCAAACGACGAUAAAUCUGACGACAGUGAUAGUGAUUACGAAAAAUUAUUAUUUGAGGAAACUAGUGAUGAGGAAUAUAUUCCGACUACAAAGAGACAAAAAUUAUCCAUUGGAAAAGGGAAAAAAAAAAUCUACAUCAAGUUCAAGGCCUAGUUCAAGUUCUACUAAUUCUGUGGCUUCAAUUUCAAAGCAUAAUUCAUCUUCAUCUAAAACUAGUCAUCUACUAGUUCAAAUUAUUUCCCUACAGAGACAGAGUGGUCCGAAGUCCUAACUGGACAAACUGAAAACAAUUUCCGAUUUCAUCCCCUUAGAAAUCCUGGAGUUUGCCCUAAACUUCAAAACAUUGUAAACCCUACACCUAUUUACUUUUUCAAUGAACUAUUUGAUGAUAAUGUUUAGAAUUACAUUGUUGAAUCUAUAAAUGCCUAGGCUAAAAAGAAAGUUCACAUGAACACACCUGCACUUAGUCGCUCUGUCUUUAGUCGAUGGGUGGACAUAUCAAGCCAGGAGCUAGACAAAUUUAUUGCUGUUCUCAUCUACAUAGGGAUGUAUAAAAGGCCAGCUAUUUCUGAUUAUUGGUCCAUGUCUGCUGAAUCCUAUAUUCCAUGGAUACGCCAUGUAUUCAGCAGACAGAUUUCAGGACAUCUAUCACUCCAUGCUACACUGUGGCGUUGAAAAUUCUGUAGGGAAAGAUAAAAUUGAACCAUUUAUGAACUUACUCUUGAAUAAGUUUAGAAAUGCAUUCUACCCUUUUCAGGAACUUAGCAUAGAUGAAAUGGUAAUAGGCUUCAAGGGCAGAUGGCAAUUCAAACAAUAUAAUGCCACUAAGCCUAGCAAAUAUCAUAUAAUGACAUUUGGCCUGUGUGAUUCCUCAACGAGUUAUGUUUUUGAUAUUUUGACCUAUUUUGGGGCCAAUACCUCCUAUAACCUAGAAACAGAUAAAGAUGGAGGACAGGCUGUGCAAGUUUUUCAUACUUUACUGCAGCAUGUAGGUACUGGACACAAAAUUUUUGCUGACAGAUAUACAUCAAGAAAACUUGUUGACUACCUUCUUGCCAAAAACCAAAACUACACAGGAACACUGAAUAUCAACCGCAUUGGAUUUCCAACAAAAAGAGAUGAAGUGGUAUAUAAACCAAAACAAGAGCAUGCUCUGGGUUGCUUUCAGGGAUAAAAGGCACACAAAAAUGUCAUAUUGGUGUCCACAGAUGCUAGGGUACAAGUUACCGAAACAAAAAAAAAUGGAUGAACCGGAAAUGAUAGACAUUUAUAAUCACAAAAUGAAUGGCUGCGAUAAGCUAGACCAAAAAGUAACACAUUACUGUGUUUAUGAGCGAAAAACAUUGAGAUGGUGGAAAAAGAUUUUUUACUGGCUGUUGGAAAUCACCCAGGUGAACUCAUACAUUUUGUUUUUACUCUGCCAAUCAGCAGAUGUAAACAGAGUCAAAAUGAGUCUAAAACAAUACAAACUUUUGUUGAUGCGUCAGCUUACUGAGGAAGUAGCAUUGAAUCAAGUAAUAAAAGCACCAGGAAAGUGUCCAGAGACCGGAUGCCUCGAAAAGUCUAAUGAUGCACAGCACAUUGUUGAUUAUGAUGAACGGGACCGAUCUUGCGCAUAUUGCUCAACUGCAACAAAGCGCGUACGCACACAUUUCUAUUGCAGUGGCUGUGAAGCAAAACCCCAUCUCCAUCCUAAAGGAUGCUUCAAGGCCUUUCAUUUAAAAUAAUAGCUUCAUUUGUGUAUAUAUUUAGUAAAUAUGUGAAAUAUGUGUAAAUAUUUGAGUAUAACUAUUUUUAUUGUUGAAUUUUUGAAAAAAAUUGUUUAACACAUGUCUUGGGAAAGAAAUUCAUAACUUUACAAUUUCUGGAGCCACUGCAAUGAAACUUUCCAGUUGUUUUGAAUAUAUCAUAAGACUCAUUUUAAAAAAGUGUGAACUUGAUUGGAUUAUUGUUACCUGAUUUCUGAGCUGGUGAGUAAAGCACAAAAAAAAAUUUUGAAAUAAUUGUUUACAUAAACCUGCAAUAUUACCCUCAAAAAUUUUCUUUGAGUAAUUUUUUAUCACUUUUUUAUACUAGAAACAUAUUCCUUUUUCAAUUACCUACAUUUGGAUAUGCAGCAUGAUAUAAUUUUGAUAAAUAGCAAAACUUAGCUUUUCAGUUUAAAAUCAUCAGGUCAAAUAGAAUUUUAGUCCCAAAAUUUUACUGCGUUCCCUUAAAAAAUUGAGACGUAUUGAAUGGGUUAAGUAGUAAGCUUUUUUAAAUUUUGCAUUUUUGUUAUAUGCUGGUGUGUAUUUUUUGAGUCAAAUUAUUGACACAUUUUUACAUUCUUCAUACAGUCCUUAAACAUGGAGCACAAUCGAGUCAACAACAUUCCUUUAGGAAUUUUUUCUAGAGCUCGACACCUCACCAAAUUAAAUAUGAAAGACAAUCUUCUUUCAGCUUUACCGCUUGGUAAGUUUUUCUUCAUUUAAAGCUACUUACUGAAAAUUAUCAAAAUGGCCUGUUAAAUUUAAUUUUAUGGUUUAUAUUUUCUGCAGUUAUUCAUAAUCAAAUGUUGAUAUGGGAAUUAAUAUAAUAUUUGCAAUUCAGUAACCUAUUCUUGCCAUAAGGACAAAACAGUCCCAACUGCUGUGCAAUAUUCCACACACAAAUGCCAGACCCACUACAUACUUGGGCUGAGCCGGGCUACUAACCUGGAACUACUGAGUAUUCGCACACUAGGCACAUACCCCGACCUGGAGAAAAAAAACAGAACCAGGUGCAGCUGGUAAAAAAAAAAAAAGUUAUCUGCCUAUUCUAUAAAUGUUCCACCCAAUGGGGAAAAAUGAAAAGUGCUUGUAUAGAACGAAAACAACUUUUAUACUUCAUUUUUUUGGGUACAUUUUACCUGAAUUAAAUUAAUACAAUAGAAAACUGACUAAUUAUUGGUGCAAAACCAAUUGUAAGUGAAAUGAAACUGCAAAGCUCUGGAAAUAAUAAUGGGAUUUUUGUGAGAUUUUGUUAAUUAUUUGUGUUAGCAAGAUACAUAUCUUUGGUUAGUGAUGCACCUCUGACUUUCGUUCCGUCUGCCCAUUGCCUUUACCAUUUUGUUAGAAAAUGGUCUAAAAACUGUUUUUAACACCAGAAUAAGUGACUGUUACUUCUGGCUGAGGCUGGGCAGCCCCGGUUUUUGCCAGGGUUUCUGCUUUUUUAUCGCCUCUUUCAAUCUUGCCCACGUCAUCCAAGAUGGCACCAACUAAGUGGGUGUUAUGUUCGUCCUUAUUCAAGAUCUCAAAAACUGAUCUUGAAUCAGAAAAAAUGACAAGCUGCCACCUCUUGCAGCAUGCUGUGCACACUUUCUGUGUAUAGCUUCUAGCUACACAUUGAAAUUGGAUGCUGCAGUCCCACAGGGUCCUGAAAGCUCCUUAUUUGGUGGUCCUAAAACUAGCUUGUUACAUAGCAAGUGCCACAAGCUCCCACCUCUGCAACUUGGGUUGUAAAAUUUUCAUUGUAAAAUUUAAAUAUUAAUUACAGUGAUCGGACUAGUUUCUUAUUGCUACUACACGUUGACUACACUACAGCUAUGUAAAAUUUAAUUUAAAAGCUAUGAUGCAGAUGUCAGUAAUUAAUUAAAUAUCAACAUUUUGGCUGUUUCUUUUCAUUUUAAAAAAAAUUACAUAAUAUACGAUUUUCCUUAAUUUUUUUUUUUAUUAAAACAUUUUUGAAAGUUUUUUUUCUUUCUUUGCUUCAUUUUGUCUCUAAACUUAAAAGUUGGCAGCUUUCACACAAAAAUAAAACCAGGUGUCUGAGUUUAUCCAAAAAAUUUCUUGGUAUUGACUACCAGACCCCACUCUACAGAACCCUACAUCUAUCUUAGCCCUUAUUUCUGCCCCCCCCCCGUCAAAAUAAAAUUACCAACACCUUUUUAGCUACAAAAAAAGCUCUGCCCGUCCUGCUUUUCAAGGCAUAAUUCUGGUUGUGGGUUGCCAAAAUUUGGCAGAUAAGUUAUAAAGGGCUUGUGGCACUAAAAAAGGUUGAGAAUCGCUGGGUUAGGAUUAUUUUGUUAAGCUAUUGAUCCUUCAACUUUGAUGCCUUAGUGAUUGCUACAGGUUCUAUACUUGCACUUUUCACUUCUCCCCAUUGGGUGGAACACAUAUAAAAAAUGUAAAAUGUUUGUAACAUCCAGACUUGGACUUGCCGAGUAUUGUCUCAAAAUGCCUUGACCCAGACUGAGUUUAAAAAAAAACUGCACUCAGCUCAUCCCUACUAACUACAUAAUACCUUUGGCUGUUUUAUUAUUGUUAGAGAGCCUAGCAACUUUACCACCACAAAAGACUGCUAAAGUUUUACUACAAUUUUUGCAAAUAAGAGAACAUUACUCAUUCAGAGAAGAUCACAUCGUUUUGGUUUUCUUAAAAAAUCUGAAUGUUUUCAUCUUCUCUCUAAGUUAGACUAGGAAGCUAAGCAUGUCUUUUCUCACCUUAGAAAUUAAUUAGAAAGUAUGAAUGUUUUUUAAUUGUAAUAUUUUUAGGUUAUUCAGGAUCAGAUUAACAAGUUAAAAUACUUGCUCAUCAUAUAAUAAUUUGUUACAAGCUUUGCAAAAUGUGCUUCAAAGCAUUUUUGUUAUUUCAUAUUUAGCCAAUUUAAUAUUACAUACUUUCUUUUAAUGUUUUCUUUUCUAUUUCUCAGACAUGGGUAGUUGGGAGAACAUGGUUGAACUGAACCUGGGUACAAAUCAGUUGACCAAAAUUCCAGACGACAUUCACAACCUCCACAAGUUGGAAGUUCUCAUUCUUAGCAAUAAUUCUUUAAGGGUAAGAAAAAUCCUUAGUCAUCAACAUCUACUGUUGCGAUGUUUGAAUAAACUGCAUAUGAUUUUCAAGUGAUUGCAUGGAUUGGGUUUGAAAUUGUCACAUAGUUACUAAAUAGUUACUCAUUAUCUGUUUUGUUAUUUGAACAUUUUUUUUAUUUUUAGCGGUUGCCAGCAAAUAUUGGAAGCUUGAAGAAGUUGCGGGUCUUAGAUUUAGAGGAAAAUAAAUUAGAGUCACUACCUCAAGAAAUAGGUAAGCUAUUAUUGAAAACCAUAUACAAAUUUGUUUUCAAAUCAUUUUAAUGGAGUUGUGGGGGGAGAUAUCUGGUUAACAAUCCUUACAAUACGGGUGUUGCUUUGGCCCAUUUGGUCUAUUUUUAUAAGGAAAAAGUUUCCAUGAGCAAAAAUGAUGUUCAGUGGAUCUUUAUGAUUAAGAGAAUAUGAUUUAAAAUGGUCUGGUAAACUCUGCAAUUCCAAAUGACUGCUAAGGUUUUGCUGUUGUUAAUUUUUAAAAAUAUAAAAAACCUUAAUUUGUAUUUUAGGUCAUUUGCAAGAACUGCAGAAAUUGAUUGUCCAGACAAAUCAGCUGACAUCCCUUCCAAGGACCAUAGGGUAAAUUUCACAUUGCUUUUUCACUCUUAACAUUGAAUUUCUAUGACCAGUUUUUGUUAAAUGUUGUACUUGUAUUAAGUUAAGCAAUGAGUCAGUAUAAAAAUUAUUUAUCUUUAACUUUAUCCAACUGUUUCAGAUUUUUAAAGAACUUGCAGUAUCUUGGUGCAGGGGAGAAUAAUUUGACCACAUUACCUGUUGAAAUAGGUAACUAUUGUCUUAGCUGUUAGUUAAUAAUUUUUCUUCUUUUUAUUCUUUUAAUCCAAGUCUAUCACCCUACCAGGUUGUUUUUAAACCAAAGUUAACUACCAUAAAAUCUUAUAGCAGACCUGUUUACCCUCAAACUCUUAAAAUUGUGCAAUAUCAUCACAAAAUCAUUCAAUACAUUAUCUUAAUAUUAAAAAUUAAACUAACAGGUAUGUUAUAGUGUAUAGAAAGUUAACUCAUUUCUGACAAUUGAAACUGUUAAGUUUCUUAUGGAGUACCUGCAGGAUGAAUUAGAAGCUGUCCUGACAUACCUGGUUUUAGUGGACCUUAGUAAGAAAACAGUACAGUUUUACUUAACUGCUUGUCAUUGCUAUUCUUUGUGAAGAAAUCUUAAAUUUUCUUUUAUUACUAAGUUGCUAGAAUUAGAAGUUUUGCAUGGCAUACCAAGGUCUUGAUAUCAUGAACCUAUCCAGCAGACCAAAAUAAAAUAUUUAAAGUGUACAAAAAGUAAAAUUAAUAAUCCUUUUUGUAGUAAUGUGAUGUUUGUGAUUAGUGGUGAGAUAUCGGUAAUUUGGAAUGAUUUUGUGAAAUGUAUUUUGAUGGAUGUGUUCCUGAGAUUCUGUAGGGUUGAAGAAUUACAUUUAAGGCCAUGGGAAAUGCCUGGAUCCAGGUGUUGUAAGGAAAGUGUUGGGAUGUGAAAAGGUUUAAUGAGAUGACGCAUGCUGUUUGAGUUCCAUCGGAAAUUCUGGGACACACAACUAACAGGUCAAUAGCUAGAAGAUGGAUGCAGUGCGGUGUGGCCCUGUGCUUGGACCUUCAGCACCGCUACUGAGCGCCCAUUCAGACAUGUGACUGCUCUUUCAAAAGGGAUAUGGCACUGGAUGUCAGUUUCCCAGACUGCUUUCAAGGGGCCUUAUGUUGCCAUCUUGACAACCCAAUUAAAUACAGACAAAGGCACCGCCUCUGUUAGUCUUUUUGUGGAACACUAUGAAUCUGACUUUAAAAUUAGUUCUAGAAGUGGAUACUGGUUGUCAAUGGUGCUGGUAGUAUGUAAAAAUGUACUGAUAUUCAACUUAAAAUAUUAUAUUUGAAAAGUUAUUCUGUAUGUAACAUCUCUUUCGAGGAUUAUUUUAUUUAAAUUUUUUUUUUACUUAGGGAAAAUUUUAAACAAUGACGAAUUUUCAUAUUUUUUCAAUGUAGUUAUUAUAUCCCCUUUGCUUUGGCAUACAAGUGUGUAUACAUCAAAAAUUUUAAGCAAGAAUAAAAUAAACAAGGCAGUCGUAUAGGACUAAUUCUAUCUGUUUAUCAUUUCCUGUGUUUGUUAAUAAUAAUCUACUAUUCCACAAUCAGGUGCUCUUGCCAAUUUGGAGUCUCUAUAUAUCAAUGACAACCAAGAGCUGCACAGUUUGCCUAGUGAACUAGCCUACUGUAGCACUCUACAAAUUAUGUCCAUAGAGAACUGCCCACUUAGUCAGAUUCCUGCCGAUAUUGUAGCACGUGGGCCUUCCCUAGUUAUCCAGGUAAAGAUGUUAUGAAUCAAAUAGAUUUUUAUUACUUAAAUUAAAUUUUGUCAAUAGUUCACUAUACUUUUAAACAAUUUCAACAUGUUUAUGAAGAUACUUUCUAAUUAAAGUGCAAUAAUUGUGGAUUACGGUACUCUGUUAAAUUUAUGGUUCCUUUAUUAAAGUUAGUAAAGAUGACUGAGAUGUACUGUAUUGCAUAAAUUAUUUUUUGCUGCUUACCCAUUUAAGUAAUUCCAUUGGUAUUGUAAUUAUUUAAAAUGGCUUCAUGUGUUUUUUUUAGUACUUGAAACUGCAGAGCCAAUACACAUAGCCCUGUGUUCAAGCCAGCCAUUCUACCCUGUGACUUGCUGGGUAGCCACUCAAAGUAUUCAUUAUUUUGGAGGCACCAACUAACCCAUGGUGGACAGGAUAAUCCAUCCUGGACAGGACUGUAUAAUCCAGGUGGUCAUUCUACAAAUCAUUAAUUUCUAUGACUUGCUAAUGUUGCUUAUCCUGAAUCAAAACCAAACAAGUCAGUAUAAAUAACGUUGUUUUGAGGGAUUUAUUUUAUGCUGAGACAGGAUCAUCUGAAGCUUUUUGUCAAGUCAAAAAUCAUAUUAGGGAAAUACAGACUUUUAAAAAAAAAUGAGAAUAUGACUAUAUUUUAAUUUAGAGAGUCCACAUGAAAAAUAUUACAUUUCAUCUUUGUAUUAGUAGUUUCCAACAUUGCAUAUUUUCACCGAGAAACAAUAAAUUAAGUUUAUAUCAAAGGCAUAUUAAUAAAUAUAUGUUACCUAAGUUUGACAUGAAUUAUAUACCCUCUGUUGGAGGCAUCAUUUUAUUGGUGGUUUAACAGUAAAGGUGAUGAUAUCUUUAAUGGUGUAACAUAAAUGUUUGAAGUAUUAAUACAUGAACAUUUACUGUGAUUUGAAGCUGUAGCCAAAUUUCAGCUUUUUAGUUUAUCAAAAUCCAAUCUAAUGAAGGGAUCUUAGAUUUAAACAUCAAGUUAAAGCUUAUUGUUUGUGAUUGCUAUUCUUUUAGCACAUUUAAUUGACAAUAUUACUUGUUAGAUGCCAGUGGCCAAGUAAAUAUGUAAUUUUGCUGUUGAUUUCUUAAGGUUUGUACUUGUUUCCCCUGUUAAAUUUCUUCUUUAAAAGAUUUAUUUUAAACUUAAAUUUGUUGAUAACCAACCAAUUAAUUUUUGUAAUGGACAAGAUAUUUUAACAAUGAACUUUAAAUUUACAAUGUGCUGACAACUUUGAGGUUGAAAAUAAUCAGAAACAUAAAAAAUAAAAGAUGCAUUUUGGAAUAAUUUUUUUCAUUUAAAAAUUAUAAAUUUUGAUUUAUUGAUACACUUUACAUGUAUGUCUGGCCGACAGCAAAGCAAAGAGUUUGCCCAUUCUUAGUCGCGCUAUUUGAACCAAUGGCUGUGAUGGUUACCUUCAUGUCCUGUAUAAUACUAUUUUUUUGUAAAAUAAAAAAUCUACAUUGAUAAUUAAUGUAAUGGUUUGUUAUAAAUGUCCUUUAUGUAGGACACAUUAAUGUUAAUGUGCUAUCGAAAGGCAAGUAGACUCUUAGAGGGGGGGGGGGGCUUUUUGAGAUGGAAGAAGAAUGCUAUUUACGCCCUCAGAACUUAAUAUAACUAACUUUUUUUUCUUUUUGGUUGUCUAGUGAAGAAAAACUAUGAAGAACCUACUGAUUUUGUGGACUCUGAAUUGUUUAUUUGAUCUUUCUUUCUUUAAACCUACAUCUGGCAAGCAAAAUGAUUUAAGAAUUGAUUUCUGUUGUUUAUCUUGACUGGAUCUUUGUUAAGACUUUUAAUUGUGACGCUUGAAAUAUGGGUGUCCUGCUCUGGCAUGUACCAAUGCUCUUGUAAGUUUGACUCCUCUAACUGGAUGUGACAGUGGACUUUAUUCAAAAUACCAGUAUUACGACUUACCUCUGUUAAUUAGUGUGACAAUCAUAUGAUAAAAAAAUAAGUACUACAUUUUUUUUCUUUAGUCAUUUUUGAUUUAGUAUUUGUUAGUAAUGAGUAAUGGUGUAACCCAUAAUUUAUCCAGUAUGGUAAUCACAGGUGGUUAAUUUGUUCAUUGUGUUAUGAGUAAAACACUUAUGACAGGCUAUAUGAAGUGUCCAGAUUAUUGGGGAAACAUUAGAUUUAAUUUGAUUGAUCUAAACAAGCGUCGUAGAAAGCAAGCUAUCAGGUUACUGUUAUUGCAUUGACUGUUUUGAUAAUCUGUGUAAUGUCUAUGAAAAACAUUCUAUCAGCAUCUUAAUGUUAGUGCAUUGACUGUUGCUACUACAUGACUGUGUUCAACCUUGUACAGAAACUUCAAAGAGGACUGCUAUAUUGAUGCUCUGAAUGCUUGUAGUAAAAUGUGUGCAUUUUAUCAUUUUUUCUUUCAUUAUUAAAACGAUUUUCAUUGUUAAUUUUAAUUUUAUGAGUUUAAACAAAUUAUUGAAAAAAAUGAAUGUACUUUUCCUUUCCUCCUGAUGUGCCCCAUAUGAAACUUGAUGUAAUUUUCAGUGUUGUGCGUUAGAUGCUCUUUGAUGUAGAUUCCAAUUUUGAUGUAUGUGACUGUUUGGUGUAUUGGUCCAUCAUGUUGGGAUGUAUGUACAUGGAUUGUGCUGGCAGCCCAUCUAGAGUUUAUGCAUGUUUCAAUAGCUCAAUCUUCUAGUGUGGUGUUUGGCAGUCAAAUGAGAAUCACCAAUUUUGAGAUGAAUGUAUUAGUAUCAUCAGUGUUUGAGGGGGUGUGGUUGAAAUGUGGGACAAAGGAAGCACUUUUGUAGGAGGAGGGGAUACAUCAUUUGUAGUUUUCUGCAGCAAAAAGGAUUUGUAUUUCUUUAACAAUUUCGUCUGAAGAUAAGACACCUAAAAGAAGAAAAUGUAAUAAUAUUACAUGAGAGAUUGAUCAUCUGGACUAAUUGUGACCAGGUGACAAAUAAUUUAUGACAUACUGUUUGUAUUGAAAUAAAAGGAGUUUUUAAAUAAUAAAACUACCAAAGUUUUAACAGCUUUAAUCUAAAACCUCUAAGUUUUCUUUAGUUUUUUGUGGUGUUUCUUUUGAUCUGUUUUGAUGAAGUAAUGCAUACAUUUUCUAACUUACCCCUAAACUUUCCAUAUGUACCCUCCCCCCCCGUUAGCCCUACCCUACCACCCACCUCCGUUUUACUACUCCUUUCCUUGCCUGUUCCCCUGGCUUUGUCUCCCGCCUCUGUUAGUUUUUACCAUGCUUUCAUCACAAGCUACAUUCUUCCUUUACCGGCCUUAACUCCCCCAACCCCCUAAAGCUUGAUGGUAUUGUACAACCCUUACUCCCAUUGCUCCCUUUAUAUACUAUAUGUUUAUUCUUACCCCAUUGACCACUUACCCUCCUUGUAAGUUUCCCCAAGCUGACCCUAUCAAGUUGGUUUUUCCUCUACCUUCCCAUCAUCUGGUAUGUUUAUAAUUAAAGUCCUCAUGGAAGCACCAUUCCCCCCUACCCUUUUCACCCUUUGUUUCCACUAACUCUCUAAGUAUGUUCGAUGAUUGUAUUUCCCUGAAUGUUGGGUGAUAUUCAACUGACUGCUCUGGGUGCCACAAACUCUUGCUACACCCUUUACAGGUACUAAAUUCUGUAGCUACAGUGUUGUAAUCUAAAGAGUUGACUACAGUAUUUUUUAAGAAUUAUAAAUGUUUGAAAUAGCCUAUUUUAAAGAUUUCCAUCUUUUUGCAUUGACUUUUCAAUAUUUUAAUAUUGCGCAGUGAGGAUAUUUAAGGGUUGAGCUAAAUAAAAUAUGCUGUUCGCUGUUCAUUGAAAAAUACUUAAGAGUGUUGUAUAGUUUGACUACUCUUUAAUAUUUCUUAUACUUAAUAUGUUUUUGCACACAACAGGAAGGGCAUGCAAAAGCAAGUCUUCAGUUAUGUACUUUCGUUGUUGAGAGCUCAGUUUGUGUGUGAGACAUUUAUUUAAAUAGUUACUUUUGUUUUGUGUGUCCUUAAUAGCAGUUUGAUGUAUUACCAAAAUUUGACAUUUAUGGAACCCUUCAACCUGCUUUUGAAUGUUUUAUAAAAAGAUUCUUCUUUUGAUGCUUCUGUAAGACCUUUUUUUUAAAAAGAAUUCAAAACAACUGCAUUAGUUUAAACUUUAUUGCGAUGCAAGACACACCUUAAAAAUUCAAGUUAUGGUAUCUAAUUAAAAGGUGGAUAUUUAUGGCAUAUUAAUUCACCCAAUGAGAGUCGCUUAGUCGAUUGAUUUGUCACGUGAAGAGAGUAAAAGCGAGUAACACUUCCGGUAGGAUGGAUACAACACACUAGUGCUUGACAACAGUAGCCCGUUACACACUACAACUAGUAAUUCAAGAUGCCUAGGCAAUGUUCGUCUUUUGGCUGUUCAAACAGUCAAGUUAAGGACAGCGGUAUAAGUCUGCAUAAGUUUCCGCUUAAGAAUAAAGAAAAUUUAAGACAAUGGCUUGACAAAGUGGACCUUCGUUAAUUAUUCACAUGAAAUCUUGUUCCAACCGCUUAUUAAAAUAUUCCUUUGCUGCACCAAUAUUGAAUAAACAUGCAAAUGACGUCAUCGGUAUGCCGACAUUUCGUCCAAUGAAAAUUAACAAUAAAAUAAACAAAGGGGAAUGACUCCUGCACAAAUAUUGAAUAAACACGCAAAUGAUGUCAUGGACACGCACGGAGCUCAACAACAGCCUGCCGAUGAUAGUAGUGAUAGUUCCCAUCGAAUAUCGCUCACAAAUUUUUCUUGAAAUAACUUUCUUCCUUUAAUCAUAACUGACGUAUAUUUAUUGUCACAUUUAUGUAUUUCAUUUAAAAAACGCGUGUAUUCCAUAAUAUUUCGAAAGGUAAAAUUUUUAAGUAACAGGACAUUGGGGAAGCACUGAUGAAGUAUCUUUUGUUGUGUGUAGCAGCCUAGUGAUGGCUUACUCUCAUCACGUGACCAAACAAGGAAGUGACUAAGCGACUCCCAUU